AUGCUCCCGCAGCUGGCGCAUGUUAGCCAGCAACGUAGACUUUAUGUCAUUCUCGAGCAAGCUUGCCUUGAGGCGUACCGUAUCUCUGCGCCCAAGUCGGCCGGCCCGAACGCGCGCGGUCGCGGUGGCGAGGUCAAGUACACACUCCUGAACUGCGAUGAUCACCAAGGGAUUCUCGCGAAGACUGGGAGGGAUAUCGCAGACGCGCGUCCGGACAUCACCCAUCAGUGCUUGCUCACCUUGCUCGACUCGCCAUUGAACAAGGCGGGCCUGCUUCAAGUGUACAUUCACACUGCCAAGGGCGUCCUGAUUGAGGUCAACCCUCAUGUCCGCAUCCCGCGUACGUUCAAGCGCUUUAGCGGCCUCAUGGUGCAGCUUCUGCACAAGCUUGCUAUCCGUGGCGCCAACGGACCCGAGAAGCUUUUACGCGUUGUCAAGAACCCAGUCACCGACUACUUGCCUCCCGGCACUGUCAAGCUCACCCUUUCUGGCGAUGCACCGACAGUCCGCUUGUCGCAGUACUUGCCCUCGAAUGUCGCGGUCUUUGUCGGCGCCAUGGCCCGUGGCCGGGACGACUUCGCGGAUCAAUUUGUCGAUGAAAAGAUCUCGAUCAGCGAGUACGCCCUGAGUGCGAGCGUCGCGUGCGGCAAGUUCUGCUGCGCUCUUGAGGAGCUUUGGGACGUCGUCUAG